GAUCCACCAGGAUGGUCACUGCAAAUAAAACAUUUCGGUAUUUGGCAUUGGUCUUUGCCAUAUGCUUUAUCGCAGCUGAGUCAAGCGAGGAACUCUUCUGGGCCUUUGCCAACUUGACCUCGGGAGACGAGAACUGCCCUGCGGGUUACAUGCUCGUGAGAAGCCAGUGCCUCAUGUUCGUCACCUUCGCUGCACAGACCCACAGUGACGCGAGGCAAGUGUGUCACUCUGCCUCGGGAGAACUGCUAGCUAUUACUACACCUUCGCAGUUUGUGCACGUAGUAAAUCAUAUCCAUGCUUACGUUGAGGAUUCCUAUAACGGUAGGUAUAGUGAUACAUUUUCCGGGCUUCAUGCUAAAUUCAAACACAAGCUAUGUCAGUGUUGCGAGUAGUUUGCCACAGCAUGCAUCAUAGUAUUUUGGAUCAUAUUGUUAUUUUUCCUUCAGCUGUCUCCUUCAGUCAACUAUUCACUGAUAUUCAGAGAUUUUCAUGGUGUCUCGUCUCAAAGG